AUGAUAUUGCGAGAAAUGUUAUUUACCGUUUCUUGGUUAUUGGGUUCAAUAUCAGUAACAACAUAUUUAGCCGGUAUAUUAAGAACAAUACCAAGAAUGCAUUUCUAUCGACAAAAUCCAGAAUAUAAAACACUUUACCUACCAAGUCUUCAAAACACAACUAUCAUCUACUUUUGUUAUAUAUUCACAAUAGGAAUUACACUCACAACAUGCUCAUUUUUCAUCGGCUAUUUGGAAACCAACCCAAAUUCAAUAGUGAUAGCAUACGUUUUGAAAUCUGUUGAGUUUAGUGUUUUUGCAAUUUGUUGCUUCUUGAUGUCAUUUGGAUACAUAAUAUAUGGUAGUAAAUUGAUCAGUAUAGCAAGUGAAGGUAUACACUUAUUGGAAGGUGUAAAUGAUUAUCAAAGUCAUAUUAAAUCAAAAAAUUCUCGUAAUACUACUCAUAGUCUAUCAGGAUUAGAAUUGGAAAUUAAACAUAAAAGAUUAAAACGUAGUGUCCGCAAGGUAGUUACCAACAAUAGAAUAAUAUUGGCUGCUUCUGCAAUCUUCUGCAAACAAUUAUAUGAAAACCUAAUCAGUAAUAAAGUAUUUGCUGCAUUUACUAAUUUAUUUCCAAUGCUAGUAAACGUUGCUGUAAUGGCAGGAAUAGCAUAUGGUGAAAUGACAGUUCAUAAUAAAUAUGAAAUAGGUUUUGAAAAUAAUAUUACUUCUUCCAUAUCAACAAAUAAUCCACUUCCACCAAGAGAAUCAAUUGAGACAAUAGCUGUUCAUACGAGAGAUCCUUCAACUGAUUCAGAAUCUCCUUUACUAUUAUUGCCUCCACCUGUGAUCUUGUCUACAAUCACAGAUUGGCUUGCUGAAAAUAUUGAUGAUACAGUUAUACCAGUUGAUGGAUCAUGGUAUAUGCCAAAUGCUAAUAAAGAUCCACAUAAAGAAUAUUUGGAUAAAAGAAUCAAAAAUGCAAGGUUUUUUGGAAUAGAUACAAUUAAAGAUAAUGAUACGACGUUACCACAUAUGUUACCAUCAGCUGAAAAAUUUGCUGAAGCUAUGGGUAAAUUGGGAAUUUCUGAAACUGAUUAUAUAAUUUGUUAUGAUGCUAUUGGAGUAUUUUCUAGCCCAAGAAUUUACUGGACUCUUAAACCUAAAGUUUAUAAAAUACCAGAAGUAAGAACUGACCUUAUAAGAACUUAUGAACAAAUAAGAAAGAAUAUUAAAGAAGGACCUGAUUCACCAAAUUAUGAACAACUAAUUGAUGCAAGACCUGAACCAAGGUGA